AUGGAGCUGGAACAAAAUCCUCCGCAGACCCUGGUCGAGAUCUUGAAUAAUCAUACACACAUCGAACUUUUCCAAGACUGGUUCAAGGCCCACGGAGCCGCUUUUUCGACGGAGAUGGUCACCACAAGCCUCCGAUACGACAGCCAGCGUUCCGAGCUCGUUUUCGGCCGUGGGCACAAAGACACCCAAGUGGCUGUCAAUAGCUACUUGUCCAAAGUCCCCAUCGGAAUCGACCCGGAAUCCUGCUCAUGGGCCAUUGUUCUGGACAAAAUGUACAGAGCUAAGAAGGAGUGGGAGGGCAAGGGCAGGUUUCGCUUGCGCGGCGGAGGCCGCAUCGAACGCGUCAUCCUCCCCGUGCUCGAGGCCAUUCCUACGGAUAACGGACUGGGCCUGUUGAAAAGUGCCUUGACGGUAAUCUUUCACGCCGUUAAGAGAAGAUCAGACGCAUGUGAACGGAUAUUGAAUUGCUUCUCCGAGAUCCCGGAGAUGAUCGCAAAGGGUCACACCCUAGCUAGAAUCCACUCUGGCAAGCCCGAAGUCGAAAACAGGGUGAAGGGACUUUAUCAUGCACUCUUUGAUUCAAUACCUUCACUCAUUGGUAUUCUCCUACGACAAAACACGGACCAACGGAAAAGCUGGAAGCGAGCCACAGACAAGGUUGCCGGGGUGGUUAAGGAUCUGGUUGGCGACCCCGUCAAAGAGGUGGAAGACUUGAUCGCCCCCAUAACAGCCGCUGUCUCCAGCCUCGAAGAUUGCGCCACCAUGCUUAACAAUGAGAGGGUGGAGAUGAUAUACAAGCGAGUGGCUGGCUUGGAAGUCAACAUCCAGCUGAUCCUUGACAUUAUCAGGCCCAAGAAUGCCGAAAUUAGUCGUCUGUACAACAAGGUCGACGAGUUAAUAUCCGCACAACAGGACCGCCGCGAGUUUCUCACAUUGGCUAAUGCACUAUUCCGGCUUUUUGCUGAAACAAAGAGAAAGAGAGAUCUCGAGGCUCGGCCUCUGGCCCCUGAGAACGGCGCAAAUCGAACAGCCCAGUUACUCGACCAUCGCCGGCGCGAGUUUCCAAGCGCCCGAAGGCAGUCGAGGAAGCCCCAGCGGGCGAUUGAGCGUCUCUACAACGUCGACAUGAACAGCCUACUAGAGGUGAUCGGUACGGAUGACGAGCACCUGGUCUCCCACAGGGACAGGGACCGUCUGGUGCGCAUGCAGUCCGAGUUUUCAACCAAGGCCUUGAGGAACGCGUACCACAUCAUGGAGAGUGACGAGAUGAAAACUUGGAUGUCAUCGCCAGAAGCAGAGCUCAUGAUGGUGGACGGCGACUGCCUGAGCCAAAUGAAGGGCAGGGCCUCACCGAUGACGAUGCUCUGCGCCUCGGUAGCGGCAGGGCUCACCACCAACACCGCCUCCCCAGACCCCGGCAUGGAGCCGGCCGGCGCCGCCGUGCUGUUCUUUGCGUGCGGCGACCACUCGUCGCCGCCCAGUCUGCUCCCUGGCCCCGUGGGGAUGGUGCGCAGCCUUAUCAGCCAGCUGCUCAUCGCUCGCGACCUGCCCUGGAAUCCGAGGCAGGACUCCAAAGGUCGCGUGAGCUAUGGGAGACAUCCCGAUCUCUCGUUCCUGGAGGCGUCCAGCACACUAUGGCCUGAAAUCCUUCAACACGGCAAUACCGGGACUGGCUCCCACUGCAUUUCCGGUGUCCUCAAGCAGUUCCCGACACUGUCUCUUAUUCAGGACAAGAAGCAGCGCCGCAGCGACCUCUCCACCAUCAACUCAAACUCAAACUCAGACUCCGACUCCGAUUCAGACUCAGACUCAGACUCAGACUACGAUUACACAACAGGCAACUACAAACCCACCCCCCAGUGCCAGCCCCAGCCCCAGCCCAAACUUCCAAACCCCAUCGCCGAGCAAACCUACCUCAACACCCUCCUCGACCUCUUCAUCAAACUCAUCCAACAGCUCGACCACCACACCACCGUCUUCUGCAUCAUCGACGGAGCCUCCUACUACGAGCCCGCCCACUGCGGGUGGCAGACCCAAAUCACCGGGGUCAUCCGCAGGCUGGCAGACGAGCUCUUGUGCAGCGGCCGCGACGGCAAAAGUGGACAAGCCCGCAAGGUUCCCACGUUCAAGCUCCUCAUGACGAGUCCCAGCCGGUCUUCAGCGCUGUUCAGUCUUGUGAAGAGCAACUACCUCGACUGUAGGGCGCUGUGCGUGAGCAUGGCUACCAGGCGAAGCCCGUACAAGACUCGUGGGGAAUAUCUCGGGAUACAGACCCUGAAUGUUCCCGCAGCUGCUGCUGGGCCCCGUCCGCGCUCGACUUCUGGUCGGCGGGAUGGGUAUUAUGGGGAUUGUGGUGGUGGUGGAGGGGACUUGCGCGAUGAGGAGAGGCAUUAUAGUGAUUCUGGGGGUGGUUAUUAUGGUGAUAGGCGGAGGCGGGGUGAGGGAUACCCCCCCAUGCGGCGGAUGUAUCGGUUGUGA